AUGUGUUGUGUUCCUUAUUGUAACGAGAUUAGUAAAAGUAAAUUUUGUAUUCCAAAAAACAACGAGCUAAAAAGUUUAUGGGAAAAAUCUUUGAAUUUAAAAUUGAAACCAACUUCGAAAGUUUGUGAGAAACAUUUUGAUGUAAAUGAUGUUAUAAAAACAUGGGAAUCUGGGAAAGGAUUCAGCAAGUAUACGAUAUGUUUGAAAAUACCAAAACUUAGACCUGGUGCUAUUCCUAAACUUACAGUGGUAAAUGAAACUAUUAAUAAGGUUUUACAAAAUGCAGUCUUAGAUAUUUCUCCACCUAAAAAGAGAAAGAUUCAUGAUGAAAAUAGUAUGACGUAUAAUGUAUUGAAUGACCAUUCUUAUAGUACCAUAAAUGAUAGUAAAAGUUCAAAUAAUAGUACAUCUAUAUUUGAAGCCAAUAUUAGUAAUUAUGAGCAUUUAUUAUCAUCAGCCAUUACUUCUGAACUUGAGACACCAUUAACAAACAUAAAUGUAAGUAGAUUAUUCAGUGUAUCUUCCACUUUAUUUGAGGCAAAUCCAUUAUUUAUUUAUGUUUUAACAGCAAAAUUUAACCAAGAUAGUCUAGAGACAGGUAGCGGGGCCUAA